AGAUGAAAGAAAGUUUUGCCUUUCUUGUAAGUAAUAUUAUUAGUUUAAAAAAAAAAUCAAGUUGACUGCUAGUUUUGUUUAAAGUAUUUGUUCUGGAAAUACUAAAGUUGGAGUCUACCAGACUGAGGUUAGAAGCAUUUUCUUUGGCAGCAAGAAGAUACUUUUAUAGAAGCCAUGCCUGUACUUGGGGUUGCCUCAAAACUGAGGCAGCCAGCUGUUGGGUCAAAGCCUGUUCAUACUGCUCUUCCGAUACCAAAUCUUGGCACUGCUGGGUUACAGCACUGUUCUUCGAGAACUUUGGAACUUACUGGAACAGAGAGCUCGAUGCUUUCUUGUCAGCUCACAUUAAAAUCAACCUGUGAAUUUGGAGAGAAGAAAUCCCUCCAAGGAAAAGCCAAGGAGACAGAAGACAGUAAGAUUUACACUGACUGGGCCAACCACUACCUAGCAAAAUCAGGCCACAAGCGGCUGAUCAAGGAUUUGCAACAAGACAUUGCAGAUGGAGUACUGCUAGCAGAAAUCAUCCAGAUCAUCGCAAAUGAAAAAGUUGAAGAUAUCAAUGGAUGUCCUAGGAGUCAGUCUCAGAUGAUUGAAAAUGUUGAUGUCUGCCUUAGUUUUCUAGCAGCCAGAGGAGUAAAUGUUCAAGGUCUAUCUGCUGAAGAAAUAAGAAAUGGAAACUUAAAAGCCAUUCUAGGGCUGUUUUUCAGUUUGUCUCGCUACAAGCAGCAACAGCACCAUCAACAACAGUAUUACCAGUCCUUGGUGGAGCUUCAGCAGCGAGUCAGUCACGCUUCCCCUCAGCCGGAAGCCAGUCAGGCUAAAACACAACAAGAUAUGCAGUCCAGUCUGGCAGCCAGAUAUGCAACUCAGUCUAAUCACAGUGGAAUUGCAACCAGUCAAAAAAAGCCUACUAGGCUUCCAGGGCCCUCUAGGGUGCCAGCUGCAGGCAGCAGCAGCAAAGUCCAGGGAGCCUCUAACUUAAAUAGGAGAAGUCAGAGCUUUAACAGCAUUGACAAAAACAAGCCUCCAAAUUAUGCAAAUGGCAAUGAAAAAGAUUCCUCCAAAGGACCUCAACCAUCUUCAGGUGUAAAUGGCAACAUGCAGCCUGCCAGCACUGCUGGGCAGCCCCCUGCCUCCGCCAUCCCUUCUCCUAGUGCCAGCAAGCCCUGGCGGAGCAAGUCCAUGAAUGUCAAGCACAGCGCCACCUCUACCAUGCUGACUAUAAAGCAGUCAAGCCCAGCCACCUCGCCCACACCAUCUUCAGAGAGACUGAAGCCACCUGUCACAGAAGGAGUCAAAACAGCUCCCUCGGGACAGAAAUCCAUGCUUGAGAAAUUCAAGCUUGUCAAUGCCCGGACUGCUUUACGCCCCCCACACUCUUCCAGUUCAGGUCAUAGUGAUGGUGGGAAGGAUGAGGAUGCCUUUUCUGAAUCUGGUGAAAUGGAAGGUUUUAACAGUGGUCUGAAUAGUGGUGGCUCAACAAAUAGCAGCCCCAAAGUAUCACCUAAAUUGACCCCUCCAAAAGCUGGAAGCAAAAAUCUCAGCAAUAAAAAGUCUUUGCUGCAGCCAAAGGAAAAAGAGGAAAAGAACAGGGACAAAAAUAAAGUUUGCACUGAAAAACCCAUCAAGGAAGAGAAGGAUCAGGUGAUGGAGACAGCUCCAAAAAAGACUUCUAAAAUUGCAAGCUUGAUCCCAAAGGGUAGCAAGACGACCGCAGCCAAGAAGGAAAGCUUAAUCCCAUCUUCUAGUGGGAUUCCAAAACCAGGCUCAAAGGUGCCAACAGCAAAGCAAACUGUUUCACCCAGCAACACAGCAAACAAAGAGUCUGAAAAAUUCAGGACUACCAAAGGAAUCCCUUCCCAGUCCAUACCUAAGCCCAUGACCAGUGAGAAAGCAAGCACAUCCAACUGCCCUACUCCUUUGGAAGGAAGGGAAAUUGGCCAAGCUUCUCCCUCUGGUUCUUGUACCAUGCCAGUGGCACAAAGCAGUGGACAGAGCACAGGAAAUGGUGCUGUCCAACUUCCUCAGCAGCAGCAACAUAGUCAUCCAAAUACUGCCACAGUAGCUCCAUUCAUUUAUAGAGCACAUUCAGAAAAUGAAGGUACCUCCUUACCAUCUGCUGACUCCUGUACCAGUCCUACUAAAAUGGAUUUAUCAUAUAGUAAGACUGCUAAGCAAUGCCUAGAGGAGAUAUCAGGUGAAGACCCUGAAACAAGAAGAAUGAGAACAGUUAAAAACAUAGCAGAUCUGAGGCAGAAUUUAGAAGAGACUAUGUCCAGUCUUCGUGGGACGCAGAUAAGCCACAGCACUCUAGAAACGACGUUUGACAGCACUGUGACGACGGAAGUGAAUGGAAGGACCAUACCCAGCUUGACAAGUCGACCCACUCCCAUGACCUGGAGGUUGGGUCAGGCUUGUCCUAGACUUCAGGCGGGAGAUGCGCCCUCCCUGGGUGCUGGCUACCCUCGCAGCAGUACCAGCCGAUUCAUCCACACAGAUCCCUCUAGAUUCAUGUAUACGACGCCUCUCCGUCGAGCUGCUGUCUCUCGGCUGGGAAACAUGUCACAAAUUGACAUGAGUGAGAAAGCAAGCAGUGACCUGGACAUGUCUUCUGAAGUUGAUGUGGGUGGUUAUAUGAGUGAUGGCGAUAUCCUUGGGAAAAGUCUCAGGACUGAUGACAUCAAUAGUGGAUACAUGACAGAUGGAGGGCUCAACCUGUAUACUAGAAGUCUGAACCGAAUACCAGACACUGCAACUUCCAGGGAUGUCAUCCAAAGAGGGGUUCAUGAUGUGACAGUGGAUGCAGACAGCUGGGAUGAUAGCAGUUCCGUGAGCAGUGGUCUUAGUGACACCCUCGAUAACAUCAGCACUGACGACCUGAACACCACGUCCUCAGUCAGCUCUUACUCCAACAUCACCGUCCCUUCCAGGAAGAACACUCAGCUGAAGACAGAUUCAGAGAAACGUUCUGUAACAGAUGAGACCUGGGACAGUACUGAGGAGCUGAAAAAAUCAGAAGAGGACCUUGACAGCCACGGGGAUGGUAGUGGCAAAUGGAAGGGUGUUUCCUCGGGAGUUCCUGAAGACUCUGAGAAAUCAGGGCAGAAAGCCUCCCUGUCAGUUUCCCAGACAGGUUCUUGGAGAAGGGGCAUGUCUGCCCAAGGGGGAACACCAUCCAGGCAGAAAGCCGGAACAAGUGCACUCAAGACACCUGGGAAAACAGAUGAUGCCAAAGCUUCUGAGAAAGGGAAAACUCCCCUGAAAGGAUCAUCUCUACAAAGGUCUCCUUCAGAUGCAGGGAAAAGCAGUGGAGAUGAGGGGAAAAAGCCACCCUCAGGCAUUGGAAGAUCGACUGCCACUGGCUCUUUUGGAUUUAAGAAGCCGAGUGGAGUAGGGUCAUCUACUAUGAUCACUACCAGUGGAGCAACCAUCACAAGUGGCUCAGCAACACUGGGUAAAAUUCCUAAAUCUGCUGCCAUUGGUGGGAAGUCAAAUGCAGGGAGAAAAACCAGUUUGGACGGUUCACAGAAUCAGGAUGAUGUUGUGCUACACGUUAGCUCAAAGACCACGCUACAGUACCGCAGCUUGCCCCGCCCUUCGAAAUCCAGCACCAGUGGCAUUCCUGGCCGAGGUGGCCACAGAUCCAGCACCAGCAGUAUUGAUUCCAACGUCAGCAGCAAGUCAGCUGGUGCCACCACCUCAAAACUCAGAGAACCAACCAAGAUUGGAUCAGGGCGCUCCAGUCCUGUCACUGUCAACCAAACAGACAAGGAGAAGGAAAAAGUCGCAGUCUCAGAUUCAGAGAGUGUUUCUUUGUCAAGUUCCCCCAAAUCCAGCCCCACUUCUGCCAGUGCCUGUGGGACACAAGGCCUCAGGCAGCCAGGAUCCAAGUAUCCUGAUAUUGCCUCACCUACAUUUAGAAGGUUGUUUGGUGCCAAGGCAGGUGGCAAAUCUGCCUCUGCACCUAAUACUGAGGGUGUGAAAUCCUCCUCAGUAAUGCCCAGUCCUAGUACCACGUUAGCGCGGCAAGGCAGUCUGGAAUCACCAUCGUCCGGUACGGGCAGCAUGGGCAGUGCUGGUGGGCUAAGUGGCAGCAGCAGCCCUCUCUUCAAUAAACCCUCAGACUUAACUACAGAUGUUAUAAGCUUAAGUCACUCGUUGGCUUCCAGCCCAGCAUCGGUUCACUCUUUCACAUCAGGUGGUCUUGUGUGGGCUGCCAAUCUGAGCAGUUCCUCUGCCGGCAGCAAGGACACUCCGAGUUACCAGUCCAUGACUAGCCUCCAUACGAGCUCUGAGUCCAUUGAUCUCCCCCUCAGCCAUCAUGGCUCUCUGUCUGGACUGACCACAGGCACUCACGAGGUUCAGAGCCUGCUCAUGAGAACGGGUAGUGUGAGAUCUACUCUCUCGGAAAGCAUGCAGCUUGACAGAAAUACACUACCCAAAAAGGGACUAAGAUAUACCCCAUCAUCUCGACAGGCCAGCCAAGAAGAGGGCAAAGAAUGGUUGCGUUCUCAUUCUACUGGAGGGCUGCAGGAUACUGGCAACCAGUCGCCUCUGGUCUCCCCUUCUGCCAUGUCAUCUUCUGCAACAGGAAAAUACCACUUUUCCAACUUGGUGAGCCCAACCAAUCUGUCUCAAUUUAACCUGCCUGGUCCCAGCAUGCUGCGCUCAAACAGCAUCCCAGCUCAAGACUCUUCCUUUGACCUCUAUGAUGACUCCCAGCUUUGUGGGAGUGCCACGUCUCUAGAAGAAAGGCCACGUGCCAUCAGUCAUUCAGGCUCAUUCAGAGACAGCAUGGAGGAAGUUCAUGGCUCUUCACUGUCGCUUGUUUCCAGCACUUCUUCUCUUUACUCUACAGCUGAAGAAAAGGCUCAUUCAGAGCAAAUCCAUAAGCUGCGGAGAGAGCUAGUGGCAUCACAAGAAAAAGUUGCCACCCUUACAUCUCAACUUUCAGCAAAUGCUCACCUUGUAGCAGCUUUUGAGAAGAGUUUAGGGAAUAUGACUGGCCGGUUGCAAAGUCUAACCAUGACAGCUGAACAGAAGGAGUCUGAACUUAUAGAACUAAGAGAAACCAUUGAAAUGCUUAAGGCCCAGAACUCUGCUGCCCAGGCGGCCAUUCAGGGAGCACUGAAUGGUCCAGACCACCCCCCCAAAGAUCUCCGCAUCCGAAGGCAGCAUUCCUCUGAAAGUGUUUCUAGUAUCAACAGUGCUACAAGUCAUUCCAGCAUUGGCAGUGGUAACGAUGCUGACUCAAAGAAAAAGAAAAAGAAAAAUUGGGUGAACUCUAGAGGAAGUGAGCUGAGAAGCUCAUUCAAACAAGCCUUUGGGAAGAAAAAGUCCACCAAGCCUCCUUCCUCACAUUCGGACAUUGAGGAGCUUACAGAUUCGUCCCUUCCAGCAUCCCCCAAGUUGCCCCACAAUGCUAGUGACUGUGGGUCAGCGUCCAUGAAGCCCUCACAGUCUGCCUCAGCGUCACCCCUUGUCUGGCCACCAAAGAAACGGCAAAAUGGCCCCGUGACUUACAAGCAUAGAUCUCGGAUCUGUGAAUGCACAGAAGCUGAGGCAGAGAUAAUUCUGCAGCUGAAGAGUGAGCUCAGAGAAAAGGAAUUAAAGUUAACAGACAUUCGUCUGGAGGCUCUCAGCUCUGCCCAUCACCUUGACCAGAUCCGGGAAGCCAUGAACCGCAUGCAGAAUGAAAUUGAAAUUCUGAAGGCUGAAAAUGACCGAUUGAAGGCAGAAACUGGUAAUACAGCUAAGCCUGCUCGGCCACCGUCAGAAUCCUCAAGCAGCACCUCCUCUUCAUCUUCACGGAAGUCAUUAGGACUCUCUCUAAACAAUUUGAACAUCACGGAGUCGGUUACCUCAGAUAUUUUACUAGAUGAUGCUGGUGAUGCAACUGGACAUAAAGAUGGCCGCAGCGUGAAAAUUAUAGUCUCCAUAAGCAAGGGCUAUGGUCAAGCAAAGGAUCAGAAGUCUCAGGCAUAUUUGAUAGGGUCCAUUGGCGUUAGUGGAAAAACCAAGUGGGAUGUCUUAGAUGGUGUAAUUAGACGUCUCUUUAAGGAAUAUGUGUUCCGAAUUGAUACAUCCACAAGCCUUGGUCUGAGCUCUGACUGCAUUGCUAGCUACUGUAUAGGAGAUUUAAUUAGAUCCCAUAGCCUAGAAGUGCCUGAACUGCUGCCUUGUGGAUAUCUUGUUGGAGACAACAACAUCAUCACUGUGAACCUGAAAGGGGUAGAAGAAAACAGUCUGGAUAGUUUUGUUUUUGAUACACUGAUUCCUAAACCAAUUACGCAAAGGUACUUUAACUUGUUGAUGGAGCAUCAUAGAAUCAUACUCUCAGGACCAAGUGGUACUGGAAAGACCUAUUUAGCAAACAAACUUGCUGAAUAUGUAAUAACCAAAUCUGGGAGAAAAAAAACAGAGGAUGCAAUUGCCACUUUUAAUGUGGACCACAAGUCAAGUAAGGAAGUGCAACAAUAUCUAGCUAACCUGGCCGAACAGUGCAGUGCUGAUAAUAAUGGUGUGGAGCUCCCAGUUGUAAUAAUUCUUGAUAAUCUUCAUCAUGUGGGCUCUUUGAGUGAUAUCUUCAAUGGUUUUCUCAACUGUAAAUAUAACAAAUGUCCCUAUAUAAUUGGAACAAUGAAUCAGGGAGUUUCUUCAUCACCAAAUCUAGAGCUGCAUCACAAUUUCAGGUGGGUACUAUGUGCAAAUCACACAGAACCCGUGAAAGGCUUUCUAGGCAGAUAUCUUCGAAGGAAAUUGAUAGAGGUAGAAAUUGAAAGGAACAUACGCAAUAAUGACCUAGUCAAAAUUAUAGACUGGAUUCCUAAGACGUGGCAUCAUCUCAACAGUUUUUUGGAAACACAUAGUUCUUCUGACGUUACCAUUGGCCCCCGACUCUUCCUUCCUUGUCCCAUGGAUGUAGAAGGUUCUAGAGUGUGGUUCAUGGAUCUCUGGAACUAUUCUUUGGUACCUUAUAUUCUGGAGGCAGUGAGAGAAGGUCUUCAGAUGUAUGGGAAGCGUGCACCGUGGGAAGAUCCCUCAAAGUGGGUGCUUGACACGUACCCAUGGAGCACAGCAUCACUGCCUCAGGAGGGCCCAGCAUUGCUUCAGUUGCGACCAGAAGAUGUUGGGUAUGAGGGCUGCACAUCCACUAAGGAAGCCACAACCUCAAAGCACAUUCCACAAACUGAAACAGAGGGGGAUCCCCUGAUGAAUAUGCUAAUGAAACUCCAAGAAGCAGCCAAUUACUCGGGCACACAAAGCUGCGACAGUGAUAGCGCCAGCCACCAUGAAGACAUUUUGGAUUCAUCUCUUGAAUCUACCCUCUAGAGGGUGAAAAAAGUUAGGGGAAAAGACUAUGCUUUUUUUUUUUUUUUUUAAAAAAAAAGAAACUGUUUAAAAAGUAAGGUAUUUUCACUAAACCACUGCCAGUAUGAAAGCACCCUGUCAAGGCCCCUGACUCAGAGUCACGAUCUACAAGGAGGCAGGAGAACUAAGUCUGAACUGCCAAGAUGCUAAAUUGAAAUGGAAGCUUACCUUGGUUUUAUUUCUAGCCAUUUUUAUAUCCACAGAGUGAUAUAAGACCCCACUACUCGACUGGAAAGGGUUCUAAUGACAGGGCAACUGAAUAGAUUGCACAUGGGAUAGCCAAACUGGAAUUUAUUUUUUCCUCUUUAAAAGUUUACAAUGCAGGCCUUUUUUUUUUUUUUUUUUUUUUUUUCGGUCCCUACCUUUUGUUUCCUCUGGGGGGCUGUACUCCCCAUGCAGGGUCCAUUUUUCUGAUCCACUCAACCUCCUUUGUGCCACAUGGUGCUGGUCACAGGGUUCCAGUAGUGUUUGUGUUGUACGCUCCCCCCAUUCCACAAUGAAUGCAAGAGGCCCGUCCUCCAUAAGCACAAAUGGAAUUGUGCAACUACCAGAAUACACUACUGUGACAAGCUGGAUAAGUGCCAAUUUAAUUCUUAACUGCCAUGUUCACUUGAUGUGCUCCACCAACUUUUUUGUGUAUGAGUCACAGGUUUUAUAAGGUUGUUUUUACCACGGUGGUCUUUUUAAACCACCUGCCCACACCCUUACCAAGAGUUUUAUACCAAUUAUUAGUCAACACUGACAAAAGGCUUUUUUAGGGCUUUCUUUGUUUGAGCCUUUUCAGUGAAAGAAGGAACAUUUCCUAUGGUGCUGUCUCACUGCCUUAAACCAGAUUUCUACAACAAUUUAACAGUUGUUAUAAAUCCUAAACCAUUGAUAAUUUCCACUGUCUUUUCAUUUACAAACAAGCGACAUCAGUUAACACAGUAGCCUCAUCUCUGUAUAUCUUUUUGUUUGUUUGUUUUUGAAGAAAUGGAUAGGAGAAAGAUCAGCAUUUUUACCUUGUGAAUAGAUUGCUUUGCCUAUCCUCCAAAAUAUUCCAAUAACUCAGAAACCCACUUUGACCGUCACUUCAAAGCUGAGACAUGUGGCUAAAUUCCAUCCAGUUCUAGAUGAGAGAGUUUCAGAAGGCGGGGGAUUUUAAAUCCUUAUCCAGCCGAACUGGAAGUACCAGAUGCAGCCUGAGCACAGCUAUUCGGCUUUCCUUCCCUAUUCUUUUUUUUUUUUUUUUUUAAAUAGUUUUGAUGCAUGUUGUUUUGAUUGCUGUUGUUGUACAUGAGAAAUUCAGCAUUAAAGAACACUGAAGCAGUGAAGUCACUGUGGAAGACAAAGCGUUUAUACUGUAAAAGAAGGUUAGAUUUGCACAGUCUACUGGGUGGGUAUUGUAAAUAAUACUUUUUAAAACUUGCACAAAUCAAAAGACACACACAAAUAAUGUAUUUUAUCCUGUUGGUGUUAAUGAGGUAUUUCACUUGCUGAGAUUUCCUGUACGUUGCAAAUACAGAAUGCAAACCCUCAAAGCUGUUAUUAUCUGGUGUGUUUGUCCCGUAUUUACAGUUGUUAUGACUAUGCAGGAGCUAUCAGUGCUAGAGUGAGCAUGCUUCGAAACUGUACAUGAAGCCAAUACAUUUUUGGAAAAGUAAAACUGUCUGAUAGUGCAUCUGUCAUGGCGGCUUUAAAGAGAGUGCAUGAAAACUGAUCAGAGUCAUUGGAGAAGUUACCACCACACACAGAGGACAGGUUUUAAACUUAUAAAACCCAAGGGCUAGGCCAUGGUGUAGACUCGUUCUAUGCAUGUGAAAAUGUGCUACCUUUAGGACGCGUAAUUGGUGCUACUCUCUGUGACCAUUAUGGGUCAGUUACUAUAGAACACCACCACCACAAGAUGGCUGUGCAGUUUUCAGAGUGUCACUGAGUCUAGAGGUUCUUAUACGGUGCUAUUGCCCUAGGGAAAUCCAAACUGAAUUUAUGCACAUAGAAUUGUCACCCUGACUUUGAAGCCUCAAACAUGGAUCAAAUCUGUUGUGAAACAUCGAUAUAUGUAGCUGGAUGAGUGACUAGUUGCCCUUGUAUAAUAUGUGAUCUAAAAAAUUGCUAAUCUCUCUCUGCCAUUUUGAAAAACACAAUCCAAACAUGAGCAUAAACAGAACCUCCUGCAAUACAUCCCAGUAGGUCCACCUAGUUUACAACUUAAACUAGUUUGUGAAACAUUUGUCUGUAAACAUUUUAUAUUUUGUACAUUUUUGAUGUAACAUAUCAUGUAAAUAGACAGAAACAGUGAAAUAAAUCAUCUGAAGAGUUUUGUAGUCUUUGUAAAGCCCCAACAAUAAGUACUUGGUGUCAAUGGACUUACCUGGAUGAUGUAUUUUCUAUUGGUUUAUUGUUCCUCUAGCUUGCAAACCAGCUUGCAUAUAUUUUUUUGCAAAUGUGCACCCUGUAUCUGUCUAAAUUAUUACUUUGCCAUUAAAGUGGAAUUAUUUAUUGAAAACAA